GACUCAUAGGCAAUCGCUGUCACAACUUUUGAUCAUUCAUCACUGAUGUCAGCUGUUCAUGCACACGCGUCAUUGUCAGUUGCCUGUGGGUUGUGUGAGGAUCACUGUGUCGAUUUAAAUUUUAAUUAACUCGUGCGACAAAGCGCUUGAAUUUUUGAAAUAAAUAUUGUGAAAAUGUGUACUCAAGAACCUGAUAUCGUAGCAGCAUUGGGAUUACUAUCGCAUUUAAACAAUGACGAGCUGAAAGAACUUUUACACGACGACGCAAAAUUUGAGGAGAUCGUCAAAGAUGUCAAGCAGUUUAAGGAUCAAGAUAAUGAAAAAGAGAUCUUGUUGGCAAGUAACAGAUCUAUGGCUGAAUUUAAUCUCUCCAAUAAACCAAAGCUUGAAGAAGGCAAACAGGCGAUAAAGGAGCUCAGUGAGAAGGGGAGUCAGCUCUGUGCGAGUGUUACGGAAAAACUCAAUCAGUUAAAAGAACAAUCAGGUACGAUGAGUAUCGACACAGCCUUAGCUCUUCUUCAAACAUCUGCGGCAGAAAUGGAGGAAGAAUCAGAGAAAAUAAAGGAGAAUUUUUUGAACGAGGAGAUGGAGGUUGAUGAAUUCUUGGAACAGUUUUUAUCACGACGUAAAAUAAUGCAUUUGCGUAAGGUCAAAGUUGAUAAAAUGAAGGAGUUGAUGACAAACCCGCGACCUGUGGGAUCUGGAAAUUUGGGAUAUCCCACUGCUAGUAACUUCCCAGGAAUGGGACAUUCUGUUCCAUAUCCUACUGGGAUAGUAGGAAUGCCUAUGCCAGUUCCACCAAUGUUCCGGCAUUACUGAUUUUGCACCAGAGUUUCAGAUGGGUGAAUGAACUUGUGGCUUACUGAAGUCAUAAUAAAAGCCGCAUGGUGAGCAUAGAGUUGCUUGACAUUAUCGAAAUAUUCGAAAGUCUACACAUAGUAUACUGUAGAUGGUAACUCCAAGCUAGGAUCCAACAGACAAAGUUUUUGAGUGUCAUAAUAAUGUUGCGUCUACUUAUAAAUACAUUUAUACACCAAUGAUACUAAUUUAAUAUUAACUAGUAUCAACUAUAUUUACUAAAAUUUUUUCUUCAUUCUAUGUUAAUCAGCAGGGCUUGCAUAUAUUCUUCAGCAAACUUCUAUCAGAUAUCUAUGAGAGCUAACAAAGAGCUGGAUCAUUUAGCUUGACCAAACGCGAAUUAAAAUGCACAAUGGGAAAUUUCAGUGUAUAUUAUUAUAACCAAUUAUUGUGAAUUUAUAUCAAAUCAAGCAACAUGAAUAUAGCUGCCCUUGAAUUCAAAACGUUAAAGAUCAUGUUUUUGCAAAUAGGAUGUUAAUAAUGGGCCGAAUAUUUAAAUAAAAUAUUUUUUAUUUGUA